AUCGACCCCCUGAACGAGGAGGAGGAGAACGCUCGGACGACCGGAUGUGCUGCCGCGCGAGACACGCACGGCAGAUGGAAGAGGUGCAUGACGCCAUGUUCGCCAUGUUUUGAUGUCGUCAUCCCGCUUUCCCCUCUCCCCCCCGCGGACGUGUUACGCCGUGCAGCCACCACAAUAGCCCGUCGUGUUUUUUAGCGUGUGUUUUCAAGCGUAGAGUUCCAAAACGUGCUCGUUUUCCCCGGGGUGAUUUCCGGCGCUGUUCCUCGUACCUCGUCGACCCUAUUCAAGCAUCCUCCGCUCCGAACCCUGAUGAUCGUACGCCCGCCAGGCGAAGCUGGAUAACCCUCGUGGAAGCCUCGUUGGGCAGCCACGGAUGUCCUCGUCUUCAUGUUCAUAGAAGUAGUCGCGGGGGGAGGUUUGCGACGUUUAUCGUCCACAGGGUGAUCGGCCUCCUGGUGCGACGACCUUGGGGGAUCGAUCGAACCGUCUUGCGUUCACUUAGCACUGCCUCCUCAACGUCAGUCGCCUCUUUAUCUUCGCGGUUGACGUCUCUUCGCUCGCUCACUUCCUCACCCGACGUCGACCCAGGUCACCCUCAAGGGGGGGGGAGCGGUUCCGAGGAUCCCAAGAGGAAGACGGCCGGAGCGCGCCCCGCGUGCGUGCGUGCGUACGUACGUACGUGCGUGCGUGCGUGCGUACGUGCGCGUCUACCUUCUCCCGGAAGAGAACUCUCCACGUGUUGAAAAAUGGAGUUGCGUCUGCACUCGCCAGCGGGAGCGGAACCGAUUGUCUAUCAGUGGCCCCUCACCUCGGGUUCUGAUCGUCACGAUGGGGCAUUGGAUGUUAUCGAAACUAUGAGAUGGGUCUGCGAUGAUUUGCCGGAUUUAAAGUUACCCUUGGAGAAUAAUAUCCUGUGUAACUAUGAUAUGAGGAAUUAUGAAAGCAUGAAGGGCUUAUGUGACAGAUUUAACAGAGCGAUUGAUAGUUUAGUACAACUGGAAAAAGGUACCAGUCUACCAUCUCAGAGAUUAAAUAAAAGACCUAGCAGGGGUUUACUUCGUCAUAUACUUCAACAAACUUAUAAUCAGGCUGUUGUUGAACCAGAUAAGUUGAACCAAUAUGAACCUUUCUCACCAGAAGUCUAUGGCGAAACUAGCUACGAACUUGUAUGCCAAAUGAUUGAUCAAAUCGAUGUGACGGAGGAUGAUGUAUUUGUUGACUUAGGUUCUGGAGUCGGUCAAGUAGUUCUUCAGAUGGCAGCUGCAACUUUAUGCAAAAUUUGCAUUGGUGUAGAAAGGGCUGAUGUACCGUCAACAUAUGCGCAGAGCAUGGAAGUAAACUUUCGAAAGUGGUUGAACUGGUAUGGAAAACGAUGGGAGUAUCGUUUGAUAAAGGGAGAUUUUUUAGCCGAUGAACAUCGUGAAAGCAUCACCGGAGCCACAAUAGUAUUUGUUAAUAAUUUUGCGUUCGGACCGACGGUUGAUCAUCAAUUAAAAGAGCGCUUCGCCGAUUUACGCGAUGGCGCACGUAUAGUGUCCUCGAAGUCCUUUUGUCCGUUGAACUUUCGGAUAACGGAUAGGAAUUUGAGUGAUAUCGGCACGAUAAUGCACGUCUCAGAGAUGUCACCGUUGAAGGGUUCCGUCUCUUGGACCGGUAAGCCGGUGUCGUAUUAUUUACACGUAAUCGAUCGAACUAAAUUAGAACGUUAUUUCCACCGCUUGAAAAACAAUAAACAAGGUGGCUUAGAUGAAAACUCUGAUUCUGUGAUAAGCAACACUGCCAGCAAUAGUAGUAAGGUUUCUAAUAGGAACGAAAGAGGCGACAGAGCCAAGAGAGAUCUUUCAAGGCAAUUGGACAGUCCGAAUCAUUCGGAGCAGCAAGGAACGAACAGCGACUCCGAUCUGGACGAGAACUCCAUCAAGAGUCGUCGACAACCAAAUAAGAUACGGAGGAAAUUCAAUAGAAAAACCACGAACGGCAUCACGAAGGCUCCAGCCAGAGGUAGACAGAGAGGAAGAGGCGUCAAGAGAGCCAAGCCUAAGAAGACGAUCAAUAUAUCCGGAUUGGACCUGUUGCACAGUCAAACCUUGCUCAGUACAUCGCCUCAGGCUCUUGGGAAAAAACCACCGCCCGCUCCUGGUUGUGUAGAUCAACAGUUGUCCUCAUUAUCGCUUUCUUUACAGUCGCAUUCCACCUCGGUGCACGAGGAACUCAGUAUACCAUCCGCUCCGUCCGCGACUCCUUACGCUCUGCAAAUACUUUUGGACUUGUAUAGGGACCAAUUCAUGCUUAUGUUAGAAUCAAUGAGAACACCCAGCUACAAGGUAUCCGUGAACACGGAUAUCGCGAAGGAGAGAGAGAGAAACUCUAGGCUUCAGUCGAGGGCGGCGCAACUGGAGAAGCAGAUUAAAGUUCUUAUAGAUGAUAGCGUGGCUCUUUUGAAGGCGCGAAUGACCGAGUUAGGUAUCAAUGCUACGUCACCUGGGGAUCUGCUGGCGAAGGCCAAGGAAAUAGUUCUGAGGCACAAACAGCUGCAGGCCAAGGCGAGCAAGUUGCAGACACAGGUGGCGAAUAUGGAAAACGAACAGAGCAAACUGGUGGCGCUCAGACAUCAGGAGUUGCAGGAGAAAUAUAACGAGAGCGUGAACGGUAUAACGAAUCCAUCGCAGUCGCUCACUCGUGAUUGCAUAUUAAAAGAAAUUUCCGCCACUCUCUCCCAGCGUAAACGAUUACAUACACAAGUUUCGAAAUUAGAGCACGAAUUAAAUGUACUGGAGAGGACGAAUAACGAGAAGCAAGUAGCCGCGAUCGCUCAGCAACAGAGAGACAUGGCAGGGAGCAAACACUCGCAAAAUCUACAUCAACAGCAGAGAGAUAGCAAAAACGGGACACCGCGAAAGAGCAGGGAGGGCCGCUCGAGAUCGCAGGAAUGGCCUGACGUGCCGGAUAUAGGAAAGAUCCAGGAGAAUAAUCCAGAAAUAUUGGCGCAAAAGAUCUUGGAAACCGGAAGGCAGAUAGAAGCGGGUCGUAUCCCGCACAGGCAGAGUACAAACAGCGGCAGCAGCAACAGUUCUAGGACCAGAUUACCGCAGGCCUCUCUGAGUUUUUCCAGCGCACCAUCCGCCAAUCCCUCUGCGCAGUCGUCGCAGGCGGCCGCCAAAGACGCGUCGAGUAGGACCCAAGAACCACCCAGGGUAGCCAAUUUCGAGGACAGGCUGAAAAGCAUUAUCACGAGCGUGUUGAACGAGGAUCAACAGAACAGGACUAAGCAGCAGCAGAUGCAGCUGCAGGUGCAACUGCAGAAUCAAUCCGAAUCCGAGAAUAGAAAACGCUCUGUGUUACCACCAAGUGUCUCCACUCCGGAUUAUACUCAGGUUUCACCUGCAAAACUAGCACUUCGCCGGCAUCUCUCGCAGGAACGCAUCUCGUCGUCCCAUUCGACGUCGUCCGACAGAACGACGCUCGAUCCUAGACAAUCAUCCAGCCACGAUAGUCGGCUGGUGACCGGCGGAAAUGGACUACUCGUCUCCACGGUCGGCGAACUCAUGAACGGGGAGAUAGAGAGGACUCUGGAGAUAUCCAAUCAGUCUAUAAUCAACGCCACCGUUGACAUGAGCGCGAUCAGACCGGAAACCGUGUACUCGCCCAUCAGCAGACCGGCGAGCGCCGAAGGAGACGCCGGCCUGUCGACCUUGGCACAUGUAGCUAGUUACGUGCCUACCUCUUCGGGACCCUCCACUUCCACGCCCACAACUAGUUCAAGAUCGUCCGUACUUUUUACUCCGGUGACGCAGCCGCAAAGAUAUACACCGGUCCAGUUGCCGCGAGCAGACAUUAAGCCUUAUCACGAAUCCUACUUUUCGGAUAAUCCCACUCAAUCGCUCACACAGUCCCACUCGGCGCCACCUCUACACUCAUCGUCCCAAAGCGCGUCAAACGGAGGGGAAUUGUUACCCGUAGAAGGGCUCGCGGCAUCGUUGCAUGCUCGAAUAUUGAACAACCAUAAUAACACCGGCAAAGCUGAAUCGAGCCUCUCUAGCAGUAGAAGAUUUCAGCCGUACCCGCGAUAUACCACGAGCAGCAACAGCGGCAACGCAAGCACGACGAGUCCGAGUACGGCGGUGACGGCAAUCUGCCAGUCGCAAACGUCCAUGUCCAUAAAAACGGAGGCGGUUGUAUCAUCGGUAAGCACAAGCGGGGCGCCUCUGAGUCCCCUCGUGGAACCGCAUUCUAACACGUCGACGCCGCUGGUCGAUGAGCCCCAGAUGACGACGCAGAGGCAACGAAAUGUCGUUGGGGAUGACGACGGAGAGGCCGAUUGGCAGGAUCGCAUUAACUCGGGCUUCGAUCGCCUGGUCGCGUUCGCUUCCACGGAGCUGGACAAGCGUAGGCGAUCGACGGAGGGGGUGAACACGAGCCCUGACAGUGGACUGGGCUCGGAUAGCGCGGUGACCGGACCGCCUCCCAUAGCACCGUCGCCCGACGAGGCGCUAGGACCGCCGAGGACUCCGUCCCCGACGAGUCCGCGUCCCGCGAAUCCAUCCAGCGGGAGUCUUCCAAGCGGCGCGUCGUCGUCCUCCUCCUCGGUACCCUUGAAGUAUCAACGACAGCCAGACCCGGAGCGGCAUCACUUCAAGAAGAAGUUCUUUCACCGCGACUGGAACAACUCCGCGAGCACCAGUAAGUUUCGUCCCAAAGGCAAGGAUUGGGAUUGGAACCAUUCCGGACAGUGGCCCUCGAAUGACGAGCAAUCUUAAGGGGAUCCUAAGCUAGCCUAAGUUUCAGUCCUGUUUUAUCGACAAA